GUAGGCACUCACGUUGCGGGCCAUGGCUCAGCAGGCUAGGACGGCAGGGAAGCGCUACCUGCGAGCGUUCGUUAGCGGUUUCUUCGUCGCCGUCCCUGUAACUGUCACAGUCCUGGAUCGAUUCGCCUACGUGGCACGUGUAGAGGGAGCAUCGAUGCAGCCGUUCCUAAACCCAGAGGGGCGGUCCGACUGUGACGUCGUCCUGCUUAACCGCUGGAGUGUGAGGAACUACCAGAUCCAGCGAGGUGACAUUGUCUCCGUCAUGUCUCCCAGGAAUCCCCAGCAGAAGAUCAUCAAGCGGGUCAUUGGCCUGGAGGGAGAUUUCAUCCGGACUAUGGGAUACAAGAACCGAUAUGUUCGAGUUCCUGACGGUCACUUCUGGAUUGAAGGCGAUCAUCAUGGACACAGUCUGGACAGCAACAGCUUCGGACCGGUGUCUAUAGGUCUUCUGCAUGGUCGAGCCUCUCACAUUAUCUGGCCACCAGGUCGCUGGCAGCGGAUCAAACCAUCCCUCCCUCCAAACCGAGGACCACUGGACACCGAGGAAGACGAGGAAUAAAAAAA